AGACAGAAGUUACCUUUGCUCUGGCCUGGACGACAAACAAUACAAACGGUUGAUCGUCGUCUAGUGUAAAAAAAUUCAAUACAAUUCAAAUAUAAAAAAAAACUAAAGAAAGAUACAAAAGAAUUUCAGAGCUUCACAUAAAAAUUUCUUAAAAAUUAAAGAAAAAAAUUUUAUAAAUAUUUUUUCAAAGAAAAAUAUCUUUUUUUUUUUAAAAAAAGAAAAAUAGUGUGAAGAGAGAGUGUGUCCCAGUGAACUGAAAUUUUAAAAAAUUUUAUUUUAAAAGUCAAAUAAAAAGAAAAUCUUUUAUUUUCAACAAAAAAAAAAUCAUACGAAAACCUAAAUAAGAAAAAAAUCUACCAAAAACUGCAGUGGAAACAGUAAAAAUACAGAAAAAAUUUCUUACGGAAAAAUAAAUUUAAAUUAAAGUGUUAAUUUUAUAAGAAAAAAAGUUUAACAAGAAAAAAAGAAGAAAUUUUAAAUUUUUUUCAACUUUAAUUUUUUGCAAGUUUUGACAGUGGCGUCCAACGAGUCUAAUCCUAACGCCGCCACAGGCAGUGGCACGGGUGAAACGGCCGCUUUAUUUUCGAAAUUCAAAAGUUUUUCUAUCGGCAGUGGUCCCAAUUCACCACAACGAGUUGUCUCAAAUCUACGCGGUUUUAUAACAAAUCGUCUAAGUAAUAUAUCCACAAACGAUACAGGAUGGAAAGAUUCUAUUUUAUCUUUACCAAAAAAAUGGCUUUCCACUGCAGAAUCGGUAGACGAAUUUGGAUUUCCUGACACACUCCCAAAGGUACCUGUCCCACCGUUGGAACAAACAAUGGCCGACUAUAUACGUGCAUUGGAACCCAUAACAACACCAGCCCAAUUAGAACGUACUAAGGCCAUUAUUAAGGAAUUUACAGCACCAAAUGGUUUGGGUCCAAGAUUACAUCAAUAUUUAGUAGAUCGUCGUGAAAGCGAAGAAAACUGGGCCUACCACUACUGGUUAAACGAUAUGUACAUGGAUGUACGUUUAUCGUUGCCAAUCAAUUCGAAUCCUGGUAUGGUUUUACCGCCACGACGUUUCACCACUGUUCAUGAUGUUGCCCGAUUUGCGGCGCGUAUUUUAGAAGGCAUUAUGGUGCACAAAGAAAUGCUUGAUAGUGGUAACUUACCACAAGAACGUGCUACAUCGCGUGAAAAGAAUCAACCUUUGUGUAUGGCUCAGUAUUAUCGUUUGUUAGGUUCAUGUCGCCGACCUGGUAUACAACGUGAUUCCCAGUAUUUGCCAAAGCACAAAACCGAAGACGAGCAUGUCAUUGUAUUUUGUCGCAAUCAAAUGUAUUGCAUUGUACUGAAGGCUCGUGAUCGUGGUAAACUGUCGGAGAGUGAAAUUGCUUCCCAAAUUCUCUAUGUGCUAAGUGAUGCUCCCUGUUUGCCCUCAAAACCACCACCUAUAGGUCUACUAACGGCCGAACCAAGAACACAAUGGGCUGAGGAUCGUGCCACCUUACAGUUGGAAGAGCAUAAUCAUCGUAACAUCGAAUUAAUAGAGACCGCUUUGAUUGUAUUGUGUUUGGAUGAACCAUUGCCAUUGACAUUUAAUGCUCGCGGCUUUACGGGAGCAACUCCGUCCGUGCAUUAUGCCGGUCAGAGAGAUGAAACUAAUAUGGCUCAUGAAAUGAUACAUGGCGGUGGUAGUGAGUAUAAUUCUGGCAAUCGUUGGUUUGAUAAGACCAUGCAAAUUAUUAUUUGCACUGAUGGUACCUGGGGUCUGUGCUAUGAACAUUCCACCUCGGAGGGUAUAGCAGUGGUCCAGUUACUAGAAAAGAUCUAUAAGAAAAUUUUGGAAAGUCCCUCGGAUGACAGUGGUGUACCUCAACAUCAUUUACCACCACCCGAACGUUUAGAAUGGGAAAUAGCUCCAGAAAUACAAAGACGUUUCGGACCGGCCUGUCAAUCAGUCGAUAGAGCCAUUGAUAAUUUGGACUUUUAUGUUUAUCGCUAUAAGGGUUACGGUAAGAAUUUCAUCAAAGCUUGCCAAGUUAGUCCAGAUGCCUAUAUACAAUUAUCUUUACAAUUAGCCUAUUUCAAAUUAUAUGGACAUUUGGUAGCCACCUAUGAGAGUGCUUCGACUAGACGUUUUCUAUUGGGUCGUGUCGAUUGUAUACGCAGUGCCAGUACCGAAGCUUUGGAAUGGGCUAAAGCUAUGUGCCAGGAUGAAGGUCCCAAUGUGGCUUUAGAAAGUGAUCGUGAAGAGGAAGAUGAUGCACGUAAAGUUAAAUUUAGCAUAUAUAGUAAAGAUUAUUUACGUGAAUUAUUCCGUUGUGCGGUAGCACGUCAAACUGAAGUAAUGGUACAAAAUAUUUUGGGUAAUGGCAUCGAUAUACCUUUAUUGGGUCUUCGGGAAGCUAGUCGCGAAGUAACUGGCGAAUUACAUGAACUGUUUACGGAUGAAUCAUAUCAAAUAUCACAGUGUUUCCUGUUAUCUACCAGCCAGGUGGCUUGUAGUACCGAUAGUUUUAUGGGCUAUGGACCGGUAACUCCAAAAGGUUAUGGUUGUUCAUACAAUCCACAUCCUGAUGAAAUUGUCUUCUGUGUUUCAGCAUUUUAUGCGUGUGAAGAUACAAGUGCUUCACGUUAUGCCAAAUCCCUACAAGAUUCUCUAGAUAUAAUGAGGGAUUUAUUGCAGAACUAAACUUAAAUACUAUUAUUGUUAUUAAUAAACAAAAAGGAACAAUUAAAAGAAAAACAAACAAACAAAUUGGGAAUAUUUAAACAAACUAUAAAAACACAAACAAUACAUAUCAUAAAAUGUACCUUAAGAAAUUUUAGAACAAUUAUACAAUUACAAUUAGUUAAAUUAAUUACAUACUUAUAAAACAAAGAAAAAAACCAUAUACAUAUAAAUAUAAAUUAUUGUAUGUUAUUAAUGCAAAUAGAAAUUAUUGAAAAAAAAAAAUUAAAAAUAAAUAUAUAAAUGUAUAUUAGAAAAUUACUAUACAAAAAAAAAACUUUUAGAAAAUUGUUAAUUAAAGAAUAUUUACAUGCAUACAUAUAUACUUAUAAAAACCAAUGAAAUCAAGACUAGAAACAUUUUAAAAAGUAAUCACAUAAUUUUCCUACGACCUAUCUUAGCGGAAAUUACAAAAUACACAAUUUAAAAAGGAUCUUACAUUGGGAAUAUUUUGAACUAUUCCCUAGUCAUUUUGUUCUAAUACUUCCAAAAUUGUAUUAAUUUCUGGGUAUAUUUUAGCACGUAUAUAUAUUUUUUCUUCUGCUUGGAUAAUUACCCGAUAGUUGUUUAAUAGUCACACAACACAAAAGCAAUAAUUAUAAGUUAUCAAAAAGUAUAUAGAUUUGUCUUAAUCCACGUAUUUAGAAAUAAUGUAGAAUAACUUUAUUAUGCCAAUAUAUUUGGUUCUAAAAUACAUGUCCCUAAGUUAUUGGACUGCAGCGGACUAUCGG